AGACGUGUCACACUCAAACUGUAGAAGGGCCAAAAGGGGCACCCAAGAAAUCUUUAAGAUGAUGCAAGUCAGCCCAGUGAAGUCUGCUGUCAAGCCCUGCCUCCCCUGCGAGGAUGAGGAGGAGGAGUGCAUGAUGAAGAUCGGCCACGUGGAGAAGCCCGUGAAGCCCGAUGCCUUCCUCUUCGAUGAGGACGACAUGGACUUCGACGCCUUCUCCACGCGAGCUCCCAGCAUCGAAGACGAGGAGCCGCUCUUCCCCAGCAAGCUGCCAGCGGAUCGCCAGUCGGAGGUCUCGACCUGUACGGGCUCCGGGAGCACCGUGGGCUGGGCGGCCAUGGAGGAGGAGGAGUGGAAGCCGAAUCCCAAGAGGGCUCUUUGGAAGCAGCAGGAGGAUGAAGCAUUGGAGGAGUUUCUGCACAAGUUCAAGUUCGAGAAGGGCCUGAAUCAUCCCCAGAGCCGACGCCGCUUCUCGAAGGAUGAGCAGAUCUAUCCCAUCCACGUCGCUGCCAGGAUCGGACGACAUCAGCUCGUGCGCCUCAUGGUGCAGCGGGGCGCCGACCCACAGCAGAAGAGCUCCAAGGGGCGCAAACCCAUCGACUUCGCCUGGGAAAGGGCCGACUUGGCCGGUGAAGGACGGCUCAUCAUCGAGUUCUUGAAGAGCAAGACACCCAUCUUGCCCAUGCGAGACUUUUUCGAGAUGAUGCAGCAGUGAAGGGUGCCAAGAAUGGAAUACAACGUGCACUUGUACGGCUGAGCCUGAGCCAUGGGUUGCCCCAGAUUCCAGCAGCGUAUGAUUACAGUAGCAUGUUGAGC